AGCAUCAAAGGAAGGGUUACAAAGGCACAACAUGGCGAAUCGUAGAGGGCUGUUCUCUUCGGUGUUCAACGAAUGACUGGCUUAUUUCGAUGAAAUCUUGUUUCGAAAGAGAUGAAUUACAUAGCUAAAUCUGUAGUCUCAAACAAGUUAUCCUCCGUGGGAAAGAACUUAGGAUGGGAUGAUAAAGAUGAUCAAGAGGGAGAAGAAGAAGGAAUAUCAGAGAAGGAACUUCGCAAAAUCCAGGAGAAGAACGCAGCGGCGAGAGCUAAACGACAAGACCAACAUGCCAAACGGAACGCUGAGAGAGAGAAGAAACGCGAUGAAAUACGCGCUAAAUAUGGACUGAAAGAGGGCCAAGCAAAGAGCAAUGGCAGCGGCAGUUCCAGCAGCAGCAGAAAAACAAGCCUUGAUGAUAUCGACACCGAAACAACGAAGGAGAAACAAUGCCUCGUGAUGUAAAGUUGAACAGUUGAGCAAAAUGUAUUUUUGAAUUUGUGACGCAGUUGUGGUAAAUGCAUUUAUCUACGCCCGAAAAUUGAAUUCUGUUCUUUUUUUUCACUCCAAAAUAAGAAGGUGAAAUGAAACAAGUAUCGUUCAACUAUUAUAAAUUAAUUCGGGAACUGUAUUCUAUUUUUGUGUGAAAUAUAGUAUCCACGGUCCUCAGCCUU